UGUUGGGUUAUUGGGAAUGGUGUCAAAUGAUAUGAGGCUGUCAGACAAUCUAACAAUAAUAAAAAGAUGAUAUUAAUAUGCUUGUUAUGUAAUAAAUACAGCUUUUCUCUUUGUCUAUAGGAAAAGCUAUGGGGUGUGGGGUCACGAAAACAAGUGAAUUCAAUAAAAGAUAUGACAAAGAUGGAAAUGUCAUCCCAGCAAUAAGGGCCGCAGUAAUAAUCCAGCGUUGGUAUCGGCAGUACGUGUCCCGUACGGAGGUGAGGCGCAGAUAUACCUGGAACAUCUUCCAGUCUAUGGAGUACUCAGACCUUCAAGAUCAGAUCAAAUUAUACAAUUUUCUGGGAUACCUGGUGGAUAACUUCACUCCAUCAAGCAGUGAACGAAACCUGAUCUCACAUAUCUUCAGAGAGCACCAUGUAUGCCGAGACGCGGAGUGGGAGAGAUAUUUCAGCUACACUAAUAUCGAUGUGCCGGACAUUUACUCUGGUCCACGGUUGACCUUUCCACUAGACAUGGAUCAAACUGCAAAUCUUGUAGAGGCCUUUAAAAACAAACAACAGCUUCAUUCUCGUUACGUCCUUCAGCUUCUUCUGGAAACGUGGAAGGUGCUCCGCGUUAUGCCAAACAUUAACCGAGUCUCCACGUGCCAUAGCAAAGAAAUCACAAUUUGUGGUGAUUUACAUGGACAAUUAGAGGACUUGCUACUCAUAUUUUACAAGAAUGGAAUGCCAUCCCUGGAAAAACCUUACAUCUUCAAUGGAGACUAUGUGGACCGAGGCAAAGAUUCAAUUGAGAUUCUUCUCACAUUGUUUGCAUUUUUACUUGUAUAUCCUGGAGAUGUUUAUCUUAAUCGUGGAAACCAUGAAGACCACAUUAUUAAUCUGAGGUAUGGCUUCACCAAAGAAGUGCUGAAGAAAUACAAGAUGCAUGGAAAGCGAAUCCUCAAGUUACUUCAGAAGAUCUUUAGCUGGUUGCCUUUAGUGACGGUGAUUGACCACAAAGUACUGGUGGUUCAUGGAGGAAUCUCAGACUCGACUGAUCUUGCUCUGGUAGCUCGAGUGGACAGGCACAAGUACGUCUCUGCCCUGAGGCCUUCAAAGAAGACCAACACAUCACGCAGUAACCUGUAUGUACCCGCUGAGGUCUACGACGAGUCGAUGAUCUGUAAAAACAGACGAGGUUCCAUGACGUUCCCUAAAACGUUCGGCUCUCGAGAUUGUUUCCAGAGACGCUCGCUGCAGAACUUCUCAGCUGCCAUCGUUCGGACAGUCGAGGAGGAGCUCGAGGUCCGUCGCAGACAAGCAAGUCUGUCCAGCUUCAGCAAGUCUCAUAACCUUCUCGCCUCGACUCUCUCCUCCGAGUCUGAACCAGAAUCCUCAGAAUUCGCAGACACCAACAUUGAUGAGUGGAAACAGAUUUUGGAUCUGUUAUGGAGUGACCCCAUGUCUCAGGACGGCUGUAUUCCCAAUGAGGUCCGUGGUGGAGGCUGUUACUGGGGUCCGGAUGUCACAGAAGACUUUCUGAAUAGACACAACCUCCAGCUGAUCAUCCGCUCACAUGAGUGCAAGCAGGAUGGAUAUGAGUUCUGCCAUAAUCGUAAGGUCCUCACGCUCUUUUCAGCCUCUAACUACUAUGAAGUCGGCAGCAACAGAGGAGCUUUCGUCAGACUCGGUCCUGAUCUCGUGCCUUACUUUGUUCAGUAUCAAGCCACACGUUUGACCCGAGGACUGAACUUUCCACAGAGUGUCAAAGGCUCAGAGCACACAGCUCUUAAAGUCCUGCGAGAGCAACUGUUUGCACACAAGUCUGAUCUAAUCAGUGCCUUUCAAGAGUUUGAUCAAGAGAACACAGGAUUGAUCUCUUUGGAUGACUGGGCCGGUGCUAUAGAGCGAGUUCUGCACUUGGAUCUUCCCUGGCGAGUUCUCCAUCCCCAGUUAGUGUCCAACAGCUCUGAUGAGACGCUUGAUUAUCACGCCUGGUUCCGCGAUCUCGCCCUAAAAAAGCCCAGCUGUGAGCACAUUGAGCAGAAAUUGCUGGAGACUCUGUACAGACAUCGAUCCACAAUGGAGACCAUCUUCAGAAUAGUGGACACAGAUAAUUCAGGGUUUAUCACAUUGGAGGAUUUCCGUCAGACAUUGAAACUGCUCAGUGCCUAUCUUAAAAUGGAGAUUUCUGACGAAGCCAUCAAUGAGUUGGUUGUCAACACAGACACAAAUAAUGACGGUAACAUCGACAUUGAUGAGUUCAUGGAGGCUUUUCGGUUAGUGGACAAAAGGCUUGAGAGAAGCAGAAGUCUGUUAAGGUUUAAGCAAGAAAACCAGGAUGAACCUCAAGAGGAACAAACCCCACAAACUGCUGAAUCUCCGGAUCCACAGAUCACAGGCUCUUUAGAUCCACAGACUGCCGAUUGUUCAGAUUGAAAGACUGAAAUGUAUUUUCUUACACCACAAUAACUAUUGAUAAGUGACACUAUUGUAAAAUCUAUGGUUGAAGCUUUAUACCUACAGUGCUUAUAAUCAGGAUACAGAUUUGGGAAAGGAUGUUUUUGGAUUGACAGAUGUGCACUUUCAUAUGAAAUGUUUUAACAAUGUGCUGCAAAUGGCCUACAAUCGAACAUAUGUAAUCGAAAUAAAUUUUUGUACCCAAAAAAUUAUAAUAACUACAGGAUCAGUUGUUGGCACCAAUGGACUUCCGUAGUAAAAAAAAAAUACAAUGGAAGUCAAUGGGUGUUGUCAAAUCAUCAUUUAUUAAUAUAUCUUCAUUUGUAAAAUAUAUAUAUAAAUAUAUAUAUUAGGUUUGGUCCAGGAUUAAUGUCUUGUAAACGUGUAUGUGCAGAUAAACUGGAAAAUCAAGAUGAUACUCUGGUAAACCUUUAAAAUGUCCCUUUAUUGGGAAAUAAUGAGUGUAUAUAAAAAAUGUCCUUAACAUAUCUGAGAUUCAGUAUGGUUGUAAAAAUGUAUUUUAUUUCUGUAUAAGUGUGCUGAGCAAGUCGGUUUCCAGUGAAAUUCAUUUUAGUCAAAGAGGCGUGAUGAUAUUUGGCCCUGUGCUAUUACACGAAACCAAUUUAUCCCAUGAAAUAGAGUGGUGUAAGACUUCAGAUCUAUUAUAUGCAAAAAAUUGUUAUGCCAUCUGUUAGUAAGCUGGGAAAGGUUUUUUAUUUUAGCAUGUGUGCGGCUCACAUUACGGAAAAUGAUUUUUGAGGAUGUUAUUACCACAGUCGCUGAUUCACACUUUUACAGUGUCAGUCUUUUUGUGUUGUCAUAAUGCUGACAUAAAACGACUUUUAUAUCAAGUAA